AGUGUCUAAAUUGUCUUGUAGUGGGUUUUGUGAUGCUAGAAGUUUCUGGGUUUUUUGUUAGCAUCAUAAUUUCUUUAUUCAGAAUUGUAUUCCAUGUCAAUUAUGCACCCGGGUGUAUCUAGAGUUAAUUAUAUCGAACACCAUAUAAAAUCGACGCUUAAUUUGUACCUAAAGUUAACUAUAUCCAUCAUCCUAUAAAAUAGAUACUCUUCAUUUGUACUAUAAAAGCCUUUUGGAAGCUUUCUGUUUUAUGUAUGCCCAUAAAUUUUCAUUCUCCUUUGCCUUUAUGCUCUCCUAUACAUGAAAUUAUUCUAGCUUAUGUAGUGAGCUCAAUUUAGUUUAAUUUUCUCUCAUAUUUGAUUGAUUGCUUUGCAUAAUGUAGUUGAGUCUGAGUGAUACAAAGCUAGUGAAUCCUAAGAGAUGAUUGAGAAAAGGCAGCACAAGUUCUUGACUGUUGCUCCCUUUGAGUGUGCUUGGCAAAAGGACUUUAAGUUUAAAGAGGCGGGGCGGGGCUGUGUGGUUUUCGAAGCAUUUGCUCGGAAUGAUGUGACGGUUGUGUUUCGGGAGAAUGUAGGGAGUCAACACUAUCAUUACAAAACUGACAGCAGUCCUCACUACACUGUUGUCUUGGGAAGCCAUAGGAAUAGGAGAUUGAAGAUUGAGGUGGACGGUAAAGCUGUGGUCGAUGUCGAAGGUGUUGGACUUUGUUCUUCAGCUGCUUUCCAAAGCUAUUGGAUAAGUAUUUAUGAUGGGUUGAUUUGCAUUGGAAAUGGGAGAUACCCAUUUCAGAAUGUUGUUUUUCAGUGGCUUGAUUCGAACCCAAAUUGUAAUGUUCAAUAUGUCGGGCUGAGCAGUUGGGAUAAACAUGUUGGGUAUAGGAAUGUAAAUGUAUUGCCUCUGACACAGAACCAUAUAUCCCUAUGGAAGCAGCUGGAUUCUAGAGCAUAUAAUGAAGAAGAAGAAAAUGAAGAGGAUUAUGAGGAAUCUAUGUGUAAUGAUGAUAAGUGGGGAUUAGCGAAUUUUCUCGAGAGCUGGGAGCUUUCCGACGUGCUUUUCCUUGCAGGAAUAGAUGAAAGGCCUGUUCCAGCUCACAAGGUCAUCUUGGCAGCAGCUGGUAACUUUCACUUUGCUCCAGAUGAAGAUAUCAUUCAGCUUCAAGAAGUUGGCUAUCCAAUCCUGCAUGCAUUUCUCCAGUAUAUCUAUACUGGCCAGAUCUGGGUUUCAGAGUCACAACUUGGGCCUUUGAGGGAUAUCAGCUUACAAUUUGAGGUCAUGCCAUUGGUGAAGCAAUGUGAGCAGAUUAUGGAACGUUUCAAAACAAAUAAAAAAUUGUUUGAUUCCGGAAAAAAUGUUGAAAUUUGCUAUCCAAAUUGUCAAUCCCUUCGUCCGACGGUGUUCCCCAAUGGGCUGCCUCUCAAUGUGAGUAGAAUUAAGGAAUUCUAUUCAACUGGUAACUACAGUGACUUGGAGAUUUAUGUUGAGGAUUAUGGAUUUGUUGCUGGCACCCAUAAGAUAAUAAUCAGUUUGUGGAGUGUUCCGUUUCUGAAGAUGUUCACAAAUGGAAUGAGAGAGAGUGCUUCCACAAAUGUUCAUCUGAGGGAGGCAUCACCAGAAGCAAUGAAAGCAAUGCUCGAUUACAUGUAUAGUGGGGAGCUUAAUAUGGAAGAUAUUAAAGAUAAUGACACCUUGUUACUCCAUGUUCUUCUAUUGGCUGACAAAUUUGGCAUCACACACCUCCAGCAAGAAUGCUGCAAGAUAUUGCUAGAAUGCCUCUAUGAGGAUUCCGUGUGUCAAAUACUUCAAGUCAUUUCAUCAGUUCCAUCUUGUAAAGUAAUUGAAGAGUUCUGUAAGAGGAAAUUCUCAAUGCAGUUUGAUUAUUGUACCACCGCAAGCAUGGAUUUUACUUCGUUAAAUGAGGCCACAUUCAGGAACAUUCUACAGAAUCAAGAUUUGACAGUGACGUCAGAGGAGAGGGUUCUGAAUGCAAUCUUGUUAUGGAGUAUGAAAGCAAAGGAAUAUUAUGGAUGGGAUGCUGUGGACGUGUUCUUGAUUCAUUCAACUCCAGAGGUUCUAUUUGGCCAGAGGCUUGAUUCAUUGAACCACUUAUUGCCACUUGUCCGGUUUCCUCUGAUGCCAUUUGAGCUGCUAAAGAAGUUGGAGAACUCUAACCUUAUGAUGUCAAUCCCUGCUUUUGCAAAUCUAGUGAAGGAAGCUAUAGAUUAUGCAAACUUUGGUGUCACCUGGACAGAUAUUGAACCAAACCCGCGAUUUCACCACCGGCGUUCUAGUUACAAAGACUUGCAAUAUAUAUGUGAUGGCGAUAGCAAUGGGGUUCUAUAUUAUGCGGGGACGUCAUAUGGGGAACACCGCUGGGUGAAUCCAAUGCUCUCCAAGAGGAUUACCAUAACUGCCAGCAGCCCUAUGUCAAGGCUUAGUGACCCAAAGGUUCUGGCAUCAAGGGCUUACCAGGGUACCUCGUUUUCUGGACCUCGGUAUGAGGAUGGGAGGAUUUGCUCUUGGUGGAUGGUUGAUGUUGGUGAAGAUCAUCAGCUCAUGUGCAACUACUAUACAUUAAGACAGGAUGGUUCACGGACAUUUAUCAGGCACUGGAAUCUUCAGGGCUCUUUGGAUGGGGAGCACUGGACGAAUCUACGGGAACACAACAAUGACCAGAAAAUAUGCAAGCCUGGCCAGUUUGCAUCAUGGCCUGUGAUUGGUCCCCAAGCUCUGCUUCCCUUCAGAUUCUUUAGGGUAUUCUUGACUGGCCCCACCACUGAUCCCACAGAACCGUGGAAAUUUUGCAUUUGCUUCCUCGAACUUUAUGGCUACUUCCGCUAGGUUUUACUGUUUUAGGAUUCGUAGGAUGUAGUUGUGCAUCUCACCAUGUAUACCAUGCUUUACAACGUCUUGUGUAUUGAGAUUGAUCGUGCCUUCCUUGACAUGUUUUUUGCUUACAUGCCGUUGUGUGAAGUAUGGAAUAAGAAUUAACCAUUUCCGCUCUUAUUAAGCGAUGAGGGUCUUGAGAGAAGGUGCAAGGGCAUUGUUGCCUUUCUUAGGGUGUUAGUUAUCUCAUGUCCUAUGUAUCAUGGUUAAAGCCAGUGCCAACCUGCACCUAUUUUCGUGUCAUUUUGCUAGUUGAAUUAAUGUAUUAAAAUAGCAUUAUUUUUGCAUAUUUCUGUGAUUACGGAGCACUUAGUAGAUGAGUAUGUUGAUCUUUA